GCAGAAGCGCUUCUGCAGCCGGGAACGUCAGCUUUGCCGAAGUCUUCGGUGACUACAUGGUCCUGCAGCAACAUCCGGCAAAGGCCGCCGUCUUUGGCAGCGCCUCGGGUGUCGCGAAGGUGUCGCUCAAGGUUGCCGAGCACGGAAUCGGCUACAUCGUCGAGGCGGAUGUCAAAGACGGGCAGUGGAAGGCCCUUCUUACCCCGACUUUCAAGGGCGGCGAUUGGACCAUAACGGCCACCGCCGGAGAUGCCACUGUCGUGUUGAAGCACGUCGCGUUUGGCGACGUGUGGUACUGCUCCGGUCAGAGCAACAUGGCACUUCCUCUCAAGUACACCUUGUCGCGCAACCAGAGCGUGGAAGGGAUCAAGGCCAACAAAUUCGACAUUCGCAUCCAGGGCAUGAGCGGCAACAUGAACCCAACUCAGCCCUGGAUGAAGGCAGCGGAUGCCAUCUCACAGCCCGCUGCUUGCGAUGAGGGCGACUGCCUCUUCUUCCGCUACUCUUCCACCUGCUGGUACUUCGCAGAGAGCCUCGUGGAGAAGCUUGGGAAGGAGGCGUCCCCGAUCGGCCUCAUCCACACAGCCUGGGGUGGCAGUAUGAUCGAGGCAUGGCUGGAUAACAAAACCAUCAGCACCUGCAAGAACGCGACGCUGACCGCCGGGAAUCAGAAGUACCACGAUGAGCGCGUCAUGCCGUAUGUCGGCAUGACGCUGAAGGGCUGGAUCUGGUACCAGGGCGAGAACGAUAUGCAUGGUACACAUGGCAACUCGGAGCUUGGCUACGGCUACGGCUGCCUGAUGCCAGCGCUGGUGCGGUCCUGGCGAGCGCUCUGGAGCGCCGCGGAUGGAACUACACAGCCGGACGCGCCGUUCGGUUUCGUAACCCUGGCCGCCAGUGGCAGCGAGGGUGGCAACAGCAUGGGAGCCAUGCGAUGGGCGCAGACAGCCAACUACGGCGUGGCACCAAACCCAGCGAUGCCGAACACGUUCAUGGCGCAAGCUUUCGAUUUGGACGAUCCCUUCAGCAACAUCACGUGCUAUCGUGCAGGCUGCUGUGGCGACAACCCCAAGCCCGCCUGCUGGAGCUGUCUUGGACCAAACGGUUACUGUGCCAGUCUCUCUGCUGCGAACUACUACAUGGGCCCGAUCCACCCGCGUGACAAGAAGCCUGUCGGUGAGCGGCUGGCACGAGCAGGCGCGGCCGUGGCUUACGGUAAGCCUGGGAUCUUCACCGGACCCACGCUGUCGGGCUGCUCCGUCGCUGGUAACAAGAUCACGGUGCACUUCAACAACUCUUUACUCUAUUCAGAGAAGGUCGUUGUUCAGGACUACCAGAAGAUCAAGUCCAGCCGCCUGGAGGUUCUCACAAACCGGUCGCUGUUCUGCUUGCAGACAUCUGGCCGCAAGACGGAGCAGUGCAUCGACGAUGGCACUGGUCACGCAACUGACCAGGGCCCCUAUGACGACACCCAGACCACGUGGGUGGCAGUGGACGUGACGUCGGCUGGGCCAAACUCCAUCGCCGUGGACCUAACCAAGUCGGGAGGCAAGGCUUUCGCCAUCCGCUACGCAUGGCAAGGACCUGUGAUUCAAGUCUUGUCGUGCAAGUGGUGUGCGAAAGAGGGGGAGGUGUGCCGAUGCAACGGGGAGAUUACGUACGCCCCGGAGCUGUUUGAUGGCUACGUGUACACGGUUCCAUCGGCCGAGAACGCUUACAAAGUUGCUUCCAGCUCAACUCAUAAAUGUGGGACGGACCAAAGUGGAAAGCCUUACGCGGUGGAUCCUGCUCCAUGGCAUGUGAAGCACUGUUGGUGUACACCCCAGGGCAUCCUGGACAUUCUGAAGGCGCACGAUGCUUCCACCCUCCACAAGAAAGAGUGCUCCGAGGCGGCGAAUUUCGACUUCGACCAGCCAGGUCGGCGCUUGGAGGAGGGACCGCAGGAAGACGAUGAGGAUGAGGAGGAGGACGAGGAGCUGAUCGAUGUCGAGGACCAGGAGGAGACACGGCCGAGAGCCUUGUUGAGCCGGCAGAUGGUUGAUAAAGCACCGGCCCGCAGCCUAAAGGGCGACACCCGCCGCCGUCGCACUUACAGCUACACACCCUGGGCCCUCGUCUCCUUGCAAAAGGAGAGCUUCGACAGCCUCGAUGCCGACGAAGGCGACAAGCAGAUCAGCUGCGCCUACGAGUAUGGAGUGCCGGCGGCUUCCUCAGCUCAACAUCAAUCCGACGGGCCCUACUCGGGCCCUGUUUGGGAGGUGGAGGACCUCGCGAAGUCAUGGGGAAACGUCUCCACUCGCCCCUGCUGGAUACGAAUGCGCGGCGAAGCCGGGGAGCGUCUCGAAAGUUGCGCGGUGGCCCUCGAAAAACCUGGAUCACUGAAGGACAAAGCAAAGGAGCGCGUCUCGACGGCCUGGCAUCUUCUGUGGUUCGCGCUCGGCCUCGCAGUGUGUUGUACCGGUCUUGUCGGAGUGCAAGUGGUCUUCAUCAUGAAGACUCUCCAGGAACAGAGUGCCCCAGAGAGAGGAGCUCAAGCUCAACAAGAGGGCCUCAUGAACAACAUGGGUAAUUAG